AUGUCGUUGCUGGAAGUGAUCACAAAGGCUGCUACCACAUCCAAAGAUACUGCUAACCCGUCAGAAUACCCUAUAAUCCUAAAUCCAGAUGAUACUUUUCUGAAUUUGAAGCCUCAGCUUGAAACCCUAAAUGCUGCUGUCCUUGUUAGCCCGGUAUCUGGAUGGCAACUCUCUCAAACUGAUGCCAAACUCCUCGACCUUAGCAAGAAGUUCCAUGCAAAGCUAAAGCGGAAGCUCAAGGACACCAACAGUUUCAGUAAAGACAAGUUCAUUACAAUGUUGAAGCCAUUUCUUGAGGAAGUUAAGGAGAUGUUAGGGUUCACUGUGGCUGCCGAUUCCUCUAACGAUGCGGAUUAUACCUGUGCAUUGCUCCGGAAGGUAGGGAUUUUUAUGGGUCGAGAUGUGGCGAGUUUGGUUCUGGAAGCAAGUCUCAAGUUUGAGAUAUGGGACAUGGCGGAGACAUUGAUUGUUAACCGGUUAGUUGGCCAUUCGUGUUAUUCAAGCUUGGUUGAGAGCCUGAUUUCCCAAAAGAGGUCUGAUUUACUUUGCCUAUGCAUCAAACAUGCCACUGAUCUUGGACUGUCGGAACUGAUUGGGAUUCUGCGGUUUUUCCUGUGCCCAUCAAGAGAGGCUUACAAUACUAUGGCAGAUGUAAGGAAAGAAUGGGAAAGCCAAGCUUUGACUGCCAUUGACAAAGCAAGUGACAUGAGCUUGGUGGACAACAAGAAGGCGAGGUUGGCUAAAGAGGCUGCAGUUCUGCUUAUGCUUGCUUAUGAUAGCUUCUCGACUUCCGAGCUCUGCCUGCAUUACUUGCUAGCAUCUUCAAAUAUUGAUGAGGUGAUUAUGUCAUCAGCGAUUGGUAAGUUGAGCAGUAGGGAGUUGAUGAGCUUGGUAAGAUACUUGGGGAAAUGGUUGAAGAAAUAUGAAAGAUUUCCUGAGGCGGUCCCUUGUCCCAAGGCUUCUAAGGCAUUAGGGUUAAAAGCUUGUGAUUGGGUUCCUAAACUUGAGGACAUUGUCAGAUGUCUUGGGUUGGUAGUGGAUGAAAACUUCUCCAGUUUGAUACUGCACACCCAGUUUCACGAAGAGCUGAAAGCAAUUAAGGAUUGCGUUGGCUCUCUAGCCUCGGAAGCCCCAGUCUGUAGUUCUAUAGCAACUUCAAUAAGCAGAAUAAGGAGUGAAGCUAAAGGUGAGCAGAACUAG